AUUUUUUAUAACGUCGGAAGUUCUUUGUAAAAUAACUUUUAAGCUAGGCUAUAAUGCAUCAUAAGAGGUGAAACUACGCAUGUGCAGUGAGAGCUGUCAGCCCGUCUUCUUUUCGCUAAUGCUAACAGGAGAAACAUCAGCUGUAGAGUGACCAGCUGUGGAGUUUGUGAAGGCUGGAUAUCUCCUGAAAAUCAACCAGAAAACUACAACACAGAGGACUUCCACAUCUCUGAACCCGCGGCCAUUCAUGUUGUUGGACUACUGCUGUCGUUGUUGUGGAUUCACACUCAUAAAGCGCCAUGGACCCUUCUCCCUCAAGGCUACACCCAGUGACACCUGGGUUGUCCUGCAGAAUCUGUUGAUGUGCAUGGUGUGCUUCUACUCUCUCUACUACAUCGUGGUCAGUCUUUGCGUCGGACUGCUCAGGGUUCAUGAGAUCAACAGCUUGUUGACUCCUUUUGACUACACAGCACAACCGUCAUGGCAGAACCCCAAAUACCUGGUUGGUGUGAUCUCCACAGAAGUCACCUACUGUUUGGGAGGCCUGGUGUUCGCCUGGAUCGUGGAGGAGUGGGUUUGGGAUUACGCUAUCACUGUCACACUGCUGCAUGUUGGCAUGACUGUAGCUGUGAUGUCAGAUUUCCCUUCAGCUGAACAAUGGUGGAUAGCUCUGGCUUCAGGCCUGGUCAUGAUGAUAUUCGGCGGACAACUUCUGGCCUACAAACUCUUCAGAAGCAACUUUGUCUAUCCUACUGAACUACAAAACUUCUAACAAACAACAUGUAAAGCUUUUAACUAGCUUAUCUGUUAAUCUCAUAAAACCUGAGGAUUCACGUUCAAAGAUUGUACUGCUAGGAUUACGAUAACUACUAGUUAAAACAACCACAGUACACAUGAGCAAUAUAUAUAUUUUCUACAAAGAAACCUAAAUCAAUACUUCCUCUGCUUGAUAACUUUCUAGUUCAGCUUAAUGUCAGAUCUCUCCUUGUAAAAAGUCCCAACUUUGUCAAUGAAACACCAUUGUUUUGUAAAUCUGUACAGUUUAAAUAUUGUUUUGUAUUGUUUCUUUACAAACUUCACACUGUAAGCUAAAAUAAAUACAACAGAUGACACCUGUAGUUUUCUGUCAGACUAUAACUACAACUGCUUAAUGUGACCUAGUUAAGAGAAAUCUAAAUGUGGAUAUAUUUAAAUUAUUAUAUUAAAGAUGUGUUCGUUUUAAAGUUAAUGUUCGUGGUGUACAUUUUAAUUUUUUGAUAAUGAGUUAUCCCCUGUUGAGAAAGAGAAGAAAGCUUAAUCCAGGUGAAUGGAUUCUUCAGUUCUCAUGUUUAGGUGCUACAAAGACACAGGACAAAUCUGUGAUGGUUUUAUGAAUUGUUGUAUAUAUUAGUUAAACUGUAUCUAAAUUAAAUAUUUUAAGCAUAA